AUGUGCAUCGGGCUAGUAGGAUACUUGCAAAAGGACCAAUCCAUGGCCAUCAAAGACUCCACAAGCUUCAUGUCCAACCUGCUGGGCGAGUUGGAGGGCGAGAAGAGCGAGCAGCGGAAAGCGAGGAGCCAGCAGCUGUCAUUCAAACGGAAAUGGUGGGAGUGCAAAGGACACAGCUGCGAUACCCCCAGCAUUCCAGACGAGCAUGGAUGGAGCAUGGGAGCGCACGAGAAGUACGAGUCCCAUCCUUGCCUCCAUCACAAUUGCCAUGAACCCUCCAAGCAAAUCUGGAACGGCAACGGGGAGACUGUGGCUGGCAAAGAGGCGCCCAACGUAGGAGACAAGUUUAGCAGGUUCGGAGGGCGCGGGAGAGGAUGGGCGGGGUAUGAUGCCAACAACCGCAACGCUAAGAGAGAGAUGGCAAGGGAGCUCGGGGGGCAGAGCAGGGGGGGGAUGGAGGGCGACGGGUACCACGACCCCCUCCAUCGGCAGCCCUUCUACGGGGGUGGUCUUGGGAAUCUCAAGUUUAUGAAUCCGGGGAGCUCGGUUCGAGUCCAGCACAGAGGCAUCGGGAUCCAACAGUGGGAUACGGACGGGGAACGGUUGCCGCCGCCGGAGAAAAUUCCCAUCAAGCCGGUCAAGGCAGACCCCCAUGAAGGUUUGCAGGACUAUCUGGACUCUCAGAUUGACCCGCAGGUCGACGAGGUGGUCCAGGAGGAGGUGAAGCCAGUUGCCCCUGCUGGGAAUCAAGACAGCUCUGCAAGUGUUGCUGCCCAGUCGUCCUCCCCUCGGCAGUUCUACCAGUCGAGGAAACUUGGCUCCAAGAUCCUGGGCGAUGGUUCCAAGGUGCUGGAGUCGAUGCCCGAGUACAACAAGGAGGAGUGGAAGGAGGGGAAGCUUGUGAAGGUGUGUGACGGCACGGGCUGCCACUGGCAGAAGAUCGAGGACGGGUCGAUGGACACCAAAGGCCUUCCUUGGGACUUCAACGUCAACAACAACCAUGAUAGCGCGGAGACAGACGCGGGCCGGCCGGAUGUUGCUCAUUACCCUGUCACUGACUUCUCCUCCAAGGGCCCGGGAGACCGGUUGGAGAACGGGAAGGUGCUGAAGCCCGGGGUUGUGAGGGUGUGCGAUGGAUUAACGGGGUGCAAGGACGAGCUGGACUUUCAUCAUUUGCAAGAGGGGGAGGGGAAACGAGCUGGAAAGGGGGGACAGGAGCAGUCAGAGCUGGAGGGCUCGGCGGUGCAGCGAUCUGUACAGUAUGUGAAGGACUUUGGAAAGUCGGAGAACAGCACCAAGCUGAGUGUUGAAGUCGUGCAUGACGCGCUGUCCUCUGUCGGCCUCAACGUUUCAGCUGACAAGAUCCGUAUGGAGGCUGUCGAGCUGGGAGGAAACCCUGAGGAUCUUAGCGACGAGACCCUGGAGAAGAUCGUGGAGAACAAGCUGCAGCAAUCGGAUGUUUCGUCUGCAGAUGGCAAGGUCCUCCAGCCAUCGGCUGCUGCGGACCUUCACUACCUCCAUGUGAUACUUGACAUCCAUGUCGACAAGCUCAAAUCCGCCUUGUCGGCGGCUCUUGACCUUGGGAGGCAGACGGACGUGGAUCACGAGGUCCUCGCCAAGAGCCUGGGGGGCAAGCCAGAAGACUGGAUCAUCAUUGACAAGAUCGACAACCUCAACUGCACCGAUCCCCUCGUUUGCCAAGAUCUUGGGAGAAGACGACGCCUUCUUUCUGUGGAGGAGCCAGAUAUCGAAACAUGGGAGAAGGUGAAGUUGCACAAAGAUUUCGUGAAGGCGGACAGAUUGACAAAGAUGGCAGGAGAUCACAAGUGA